UCGCAUUUAGAUAUCAGUGAACAUCAGAAAACAUGACCACGAAGCUCGUCCUACUAUUAGCCGUAUCCGCCCUCGUAGCGAUCCAAAGUGGAUUGGCGGGACACGCUCACAGCUUCGCCCAUUUUCACGGACCGGUCGAAGGGCACGGACACGAAAUAGUUGUUCACGAUAAGCACGGCCAUCACGAUGUGGACUACGUUGCGCAUCCCAAGUACGAGUUCGCGUACGGCGUCGAGGAUCAUCACACCGGCGAUUACCAUGGACAGAAAGAACAUAGAGACGGAAAAAAAGUUGUCGGCGAGUACACAGUCAAAGAGCCAGGCGGCAACGUGAGGAUCGUGACUUACCAUGCCGAUCCGCAUGGAGGAUUUUUUGCUCACGUCCGCAACUCCGGCGGUAAUAACCAUCACGGUGGUACAUACGGCGGUCAUGAACACGACUGAAGGCGUCGCGCAACUGUAAUUACUUUAAUUAAGACCAAUUACACAACAAUUACACACAACAAUCAGACGCUGGUCCUAAGUUAUUGUCUGCUUAUGUCAUCAUUAUU